CACAGACAAAUGGUUGGGGACUGAGCAUGAAAGGAGAAAGCAAGCGAGCAAGAGAGUUUAAGAGGAAAAAGGGAAAGGAGAAAGGGGGGGAACAACAACAACAACAAAAUCCCCCAUACCUCAGCAGUUGGGUUUUGCCAGCAGCCGAUCACAGCUGAUUCCAGAGCGGAGUCUGUCCCUUUUCCCCUAGACCUGCGGAUCGCCCCUAUUCUCAGGCGGAGGGAACCACAUCUAAGUUGCAUCUUUGCAUUUUUGCCAACGCUGAAAGAGCUACUUUCCCCCCUCUCAACUCCCCCUCCUAGUCAGUUGCUGUUGUUCUUAAGUUUUUUCUCAUUCUUCCAUAUAUCUUUAUUGUUAUAUUAUUUAAGAUAUAUUUGGCAUUUUAAACAGGUGGGGUGAUGUUGAUUUAUUUCUCUCCUUUGCUGAUGUUUCCAUUCCUAACCUGCUUUCUUCAAUUUUUAAUCUUUCUUUUUUGCUAUCCCACUGUUUUUAUUAAAUAAGAUUCCAUUUUUUUAACAGUUUGCAGUGGAGAAUGCAGCCAACAAUUGCUUUCCACCUAAUUUAAGAAAUAUCCUGCAUUCCUCUGUGCACUUCCUUCCUAUAUUUUUACUUUCCUCCUUGUUCUCUCUUCAUCCCUCUUCCACCUCACAGUCCCAAUACCCUCCUCCACACUCUGCAAUUCUGAGCCCAAAAUUUCUGAAUCGAGGGCUUAGCUUCGCCGGGAUGAGCCAGAGCAAUGGAUGAAUUCCACCCCUUCAUUGAAGCUCUCCUUCCUCAUGUCCGUGCCUUUUCCUACACAUGGUUCAACUUGCAAGCUCGGAAACGAAAGUACUUUAAGAAGCAUGAGAAGCGGAUGUCAAAGGAUGAGGAGCGUGCUGUGAAGGACGAAUUACUUGGUGAAAAACCUGAGAUCAAGCAGAAAUGGGCAUCCCGGUUGCUGGCCAAGCUUCGCAAGGACAUCCGCCCAGAGUUUCGCGAGGACUUCGUCUUGACCAUCACGGGCAAGAAAGCACCGUGUUGCGUCCUCUCCAACCCAGAUCAGAAGGGCAAAAUCCGCAGGAUUGACUGCCUGAGGCAGGCUGACAAGGUUUGGAGGCUGGACCUUGUUAUGGUCAUCUUGUUCAAAGGGAUCCCUCUUGAAAGUACUGACGGGGAGCGGCUAUACAAGUCGCCGCAGUGUUCAAACCCGGGCCUUUGCGUCCAGCCACACCACAUUGGAGUCACAAUUAAAGAACUGGAUCUUUACUUGGCGUAUUUUGUUCACACUCCUGAAUCCGGACAAUCAGACAAUUCAAACCAGCAAGGAGAUGCGGACAUCAAACCACUGCCCAAUGGGCAUUUGACUUUCCAGGACUGCUUUGUGACAUCGGGUGUCUGGAAUGUCACAGAGCUGGUGAGAGUGUCACAGACUCCUGUUGCCACAGCAUCUGGUCCAAAUUUCUCUCUGGCUGACCUCGAGAGUCCCAGUUACUACAACAUCAAUCAAGUGGCUCUUGGCAGACGGUCAAUAACAGCUCCUCCUUCUAGCAGUUCCACCAAGCGGCCCAAGUCGAUAGAUGACAGCGAGAUGGAGAGCCCUGUAGAUGAUGUGUUCUACCCUGGGACAGGGCGGUCCCCAGCAGCUGGCAGCAGCCAGUCCAGUGGAUGGCCCAAUGAUGUGGAUGCAGGACCGGCUUCUUUAAAGAAGUCAGGGAAGCUGGAUUUCUGCAGUGCCCUGUCCUCCCACACCACCUCCCCGAGAAUGGCUUUCACCCACCACCCGCUGCCUGUCCUAGCAGGAGUCAGACCAGGAAGCCCCCGUGCCACAGCGUCGGCCCUGCACUUCCCGUCAACCUCCAUCAUCCAACAGUCCAGCCCCUACUUCACACACCCGACCAUCCGCUACCACCACGGCCAGGACUCGCUGAAGGAAUUUGUGCAGUUUGUAUGCUCGGACGGCUCAGGCCAGGGCUCCGGGCAGCCUAACGGUAGCGGCCAGGGCAAAGUCACGGGGUCAUUUUUGCUGCCGCCCCCACCACCUGUGGCCAGACCAGUGCCCCUUCCAAUGCCUGAUACAAAAUCCACCAGCACUAACCCAGAGGGCGGAGCACCGACACCAACGUCACCUUCAUUCUCAGCGCCAGGCUCCUCCUCCUCUGCCAACCGGUUUGUCGGCAUCGGACCCCGGGACGGCAACUUUCUAAACAUCCCCCAGCAAUCUCAGUCUUGGUUCCUCUGACGGGAUCUUCAGGCGAAGAAAAAUAAUAAUAAUGAUGAUGAUGAUAAUAAUAAGUUUUUGCUCACGUCCUGAGAAUCAGAAUCUUCAGUCCUUAACCCUUAUCUUCCCUGAGCUGCUCCUCUUCAAGGAAAAGUAAGAGACAUUGUGUAACACUACAAAUGAGAAGCUUAAAAAAAAUCACGUUGGACCUUCCCAAUCCAAAGCAGAUUUUGCAAUUGCAUAGAAGAGGCUUGUCUUCUGCAAGGAAUCACAUCAACACCUACAGAAGUCGCCUAACCCUCUGUUUUAAUGAUAUAGGAUAAUGCUGAACAAGCCAUUCAAGCAGUGGUCUUAAACGAUAUUUCUCUUUAUUCAUCAUGGGGAAGGAAUAGCCACAAACCCCAAAAUUGCACCAAGGUUUGCUAGGAUUUUGUUUGUUGCAGAAUGAAAAAGGAGACUCUUUCCAAGCAUCUCAUCUUCCUUCCAGCCUAAUUCCUAUGAGGUUUUUGAGCAUGCAAAAAGGAACUAGGAGCACUUGUCCAUUUGGGACUUGAGGAGAGUUGUGCUUCUAGGUCACUCAGUUGCUUUUUAAAUCUCUGCAAAGUGGGAUAGGAGCUGCAGGCAAAUCACGUUUGUCCUAAAUUUCAUUCAAGUGUCCUGAAUAUAUUUUUAAAAGCUGCUCUGGUUCACAAUUGGAACUGGGUAUGAGUAGAGCAGUACCCACCAUGUUUGGUUGGCAUUCACAGCACCAUCUCCUACCAAACAUACAUCUCCCUAUGCAGUAAAUUCCCUUGUUAAUUGAAUUUAACAUUGUAUCCUCAUUACUUAAAAAAGCGAAAGCAGCAACGCUCCUGACUACCAGAUGCCAAGACAAUAUUCCAUUCCAGAGUAAAGGGGAGGCUCUCCCUAGUGCCCUCUCUCUGUCUGUCUCACUCAUAUCAGCACACCUGACACCUAGACCCUUCUCUCCUCAUCUGUCUGUCUGGUGAUUCCUGGUAUUCCUUGCUCUGGAUGAACCUUUCCUGCAUCUCAGAUAUCAAAAAGUAUUAGCAUAUCAGGGCUAUGUGGAAGAUGCUCCCAGUCUUAUUUAUGAAUUAGGAACCCUUCAUACAGGAGAGGCAGGCACUCUUGGGUUCAGGAGUCCAGGACAGAUUGAAAGUGUUGCUAAGUAUUUCUCUGACUAAAGAGAGCUCCUGUUGUAAUUGCCAAAAGGCAAAUGAUAAUAGGAGACCCAUUGGAGACCUAUUAAGAAUAUUCUAAAUAAAACACAUUGACAAGAAAGAGGCCACAUUGAAACUCUACCCCAGACAGAUCACCAGGGCUAAGGCAGCUGGCUCAGUCAGGCACGUUUCUGCAGAGCUCCUAGCCUGAUUUGGACAGGGUGGCCUGUAUCCCUUUCCCCUGAGUUCCAGUAUUUUCCUUUUGAGGUUUUGGGUGUCUGUUGUUACUAUGAUUUGAUGCUCUUCCUGAUCCCUUUCUCCACUUCGUUCUUUUCCUCCUUUAGUUGUAGCAUUUCCUUUGGAUUCCUCUACAUACAGGUGACAACAGCAAAGAAAUUAAAUACAAGUGUUUUUGUUGUUAAGACAAAACAAAAAGCAAAGCCCCUAAAGCUUAGCACAUUAUGAACAUUCUUAGCAAAACUUCAUCGCAACAAAAUGAAUUGUAUAGAGUUAGAGGUAGUCAACGCUGCCUGACUGGUAGAUGUGAGGGUUUGACACUAUCGGCUGUACACUACACAUGCACGCAUACGCACUAGAGUCGAUCACACCGCUCUGCGCACUUUCCUCUUUCCUUUCUCAGACUACCACAAAAAAGUGAGGCGAGCAAGUGUCCCCCUCUGUCUUGCACCAGUGAGAAGAUAAUUAUUUCUUUUCCAAAGGUCUGUAGAAGAGGCCCCUCUCUUCCUUCUUACCCCCACACUGAGCUUGGGGGCAGGAGUUUUGCAAAAUUCUGUGGGAAUCACCCUCUCACCCUCCAUCCCAUUUUCCCUGUUAAAUGUGUCCAUCUCUGCAUGAGGGGUCACUGGUCAUUACAGGGCAACUCCACAAGGAAUACUUAAGUUAGGCAAGGGGUGUGGGGGUUAGCGAUUAUCUAAUUUGGAAUGGUCCAGGAGGAUGUUGCAGGGAAUGGGUUGCCAUGCAAUCUGUCUAGGACAAUUGCAUCUGGACUCCUGGCUUCCCAUGCCUGGAGUUGCCUCCUAAAUUACCAGAAAACCGGUUGAUCUAGAGAAUCUCCUGAGGCCCCUUUCCUUUCUGCCACAGUGAUUCCCAGCUAAUGCAUGUUACAUCCACAAGUUCUGGUGCAAACAUAGUCCAGGAACUGCUGGCAGGACCAGGUAUCUGCAUCCCUGUCCAAGUGCAAUGAUUUUCCAGUUCUAAAUGGAGAAAUGGUCAAGGAAGGAAGGAUUCUGAGAGCUACAGAUCUGCCCCUCCCCCCUGCCAGCAGUAGGCUUUCCUGCUUAUCCCCAUCCACACCCUUGACUACCUUUAUCAGAGAGGCCUGCUCUCAUAGAAGAGUCACACAGCCUGACCCUGCACAGCUGCAGGACAGCUGCUGCAUGAAAGGGGGGUUCUUCUCCAUGAGGAACCUGGUAAGGGAGUAGUCUGCUGAAAAUGCAUGUACGCUUUUCAGUUGGCUAACAUAAUUGGCUGCUACAAAGUGGAGCCACUUGCCUGAGGCUUCCAUCAUUGGCUUGAGCCAAGUCUGUCCUUGCUCGUUAAGGGAGCAGACCUGAAUUGUAUGGAUUCUAGGAGUGGUGCGCUGCUGCUUCCAUCAUAUCGGAGGCCCUCACCCCAUCUCUUCUGUAAAAUGCAACUCAGAGGUGAAAUACAACCUGUCAGAGACAAAGCAGCAAAGGCUGCAGAAAGACAAUAAUUUUGAAUGGUCUGAGAAAGGCAUCACUUCCCAUGUUGUACACAUACAUUUCAUGUAGCCUCUAAUGAAGCAGAGUUUGGGGUUUUUUGAAGCAAUACAAAAAGCUGUUUAUGAGAGGCAAAAAUAGAAUAAGAUAUACAACAUGAUCAGGCAUUCCUCUUUCAGACUGCUUUCAAAUCUGGAGGACAAACUACGGUCAAGUCUCUAGCCAAAUAUUCAUAAAGUAAUUUAGUGAAGCACUGAGGGUUGAGUUUAAAUCCGUAACCUGGGCAGAGAACACAAGCAGUUGCUGGUGUUGGAACACAACUUCCUUCCAUAUUGUGAGGUUGAAAGGUGCUCUGGUUUUAAGCCCAAGUCAGUGUCUGUUUCUUUAAGAGCACAAACCCUUGGAGAAGUUCUGCAGAUGUGGGAACAGCAACUGUUCCUACCCUGCUGGUCUUAAGAAAACAGACAUCUCCGCUCCUCCAGUGCAGCCUGUCCCCCUUCUUUGGCAAAGUACCAAGCACCCUUCUUUCACCUGGUUGCACGGGACAGGGUUCCAGUAUGAUCUAACUUGGAGGUGAGCUAAAGUUGAAAAUUGCUCAAGCAUUACAAUCCAGGGCAUGAAAGCAUGCAGUACAGCAUUUGAAGUGCUGUGCUGUUUGUAUUUUAUUUUAUUUUAUUUUGACAUAAGAACCAUUGAGAGCAUUCCCCCAUUGAGAAAACUGUGCCCCUCCCCAAUUCUUAAAAAGUGCAUCCACCCUUCUGGUUCUAUCAGGCAUGACGACUUCUGAAUACAGAACAAUGUGCAAAAAUUAAAAAUAGCCCAGAUGGGAAUAACAUUCCAGAAUAUGAAAACUCCAAAGAUCACCAUAGCUGAUAUUGCUACAGCAUUUUUCACUUAUUAAAUUCAUUCAGUAAAUUUAUUCAGUUAUUAAAUUAUUUCAAAGAAAAUUAUUAUAUCAAAUAAUUAAAUAUGUUUCUUUAACCUUCCAAAUAUAAUGCCCAAGAUCACUAAGAACAGGUUCCUUACUUGAGAGACUGUUUAACUUUUGAUGGUCUGAAAAAGCUGUAUGUAGUGCCACAUAUUUUUAGGAGUCCAGAGGCAGGUGAUCACAAAUAAACAGCACUUAAAAAUGGGGGUGGGGGUGGGGGAACUGAGGUUAUUGUAUUUCAUUCUGAAAAAGAAUAUCUGAGUCCUAACAGUGUUUAAGCAUAUACUUAACUUUUUGGCAUCUGCUGGAGCACAACAGUUUGGUGACAGCAGUAUGUGGGUGGACCGAAUGACAAUGCCAUCCACUUCCAUGUUAAAUUACCUGGUUUGGGUCCUUGAAAAGGAUGAAUGUAAACACUGAGGAGGAACCUGGAAGGGGUGACAUGGAGAACUUUAAAUACUGGUGGCUGGAAGGUAUGGGCAGCAGAAAGAAAGAUACGCAGGAAUGUGCGUUUAACAUGUGGAGGGAUUUUUUUAAAAAAAAAAACAAUAUAUAUUAGGGGUUUUAAAAGAACCAAUUUUGUUUGCAUUGAGCCAAGUGCAAUGGAGUGCAUAGUUUUAAUAUCUUUGUAUGUUAAAGAUUGUUAAGAAGAAGAGAAAAAAUCUAUUUUUGUUGCAAAGUCCUCUGUUCCCAGGGACUCUAAAUAAAUAGGGACAAAAGAAAAACCCAACCUUUGUAAGUAUGGGGAAAAAACUUUUUCUGUUUAUUUUUCAUUUGUUUAUUUUUCCUUUUUCUUGUUUGUUUUUUAAAUCUUUUUUUAAAAAGUUGAUAAUGAUCGGGGUUUGGUUUUUUCCCCUUUUCCUCAUUAGUUUUGUCGUUUUAUGGGAGGGCUGAAGGCAAAAGUUUUUCACACGCAAAAAUAAACUUAUAAAAACAAAACACUGUAUCAGGUUAAAAACAUUGAAGAAAACUACAAAAUUAAAACUAAAGAAAAGGACAACAAAAAACCCUAAAAGUCAUAAAAGAAGAAAAGAUUAAAAAUACAAAACCUGGUGCUUCUUACAAUAUAAAGUACAUUAAAAUCUCUAUUAUACAUAGUUUAAGAACCAAUUAAUUGUUAUCAUAAAGCACAUUUUAGGAAACACGCAUUAUCCCUUCUUUAUGUUUAGCUGAAAGGGGCAGCGGGCUUUGCAGUCAAAUGCACCAGCAGCAUCUGGCAGCUUCUCAUGGAUCUUCCCAGGUUGCCGAGCGAGAUGGGUGAUGGUGAGAUUGCCAUGGCAAAGGGAAAAGGUUCCUGCACAGGCCAUGGUUCUCUGGCUCCUUUCACCCCUUCCCCCCAGUACUACAGACACAUCUUGCACACCUCCUCUGUUUAUUCUCUUGUCAUAUUUUUUUCCCAAAGAGCAAAACAAUUGACUUUGGGAAUGGUUUUCAUUUCUGCUCCCCUUCCUUGUGAACCAGCGCGCUCUGCUGCUCUCUCUCUCUCUCUCUCUCUCUCACUCAUAUUUCAAGGGCUUCUCUUUGGAAAGAGGAGCCAUCUUGUAAUCUCACCAGCAUCCCCUCCAUUAAACUCCUUCCACUUCUCCCCAAGUUGUUUGCAACCCCUGCUUGACCUUUCUCACAGCCUACCCAAGUCCCUUCCUUCUUUGCUGGAUUUCAGGGUGGUGGUUGGGGGCAAAGUGGAAAUCCAGACCCAACCCCUACUCUACAUUCUCUCAGAGCAUGGAAGGUUGACUGGAGAAAUGUCUUGCUUCAGGGAAGAACCAAGGUGGAUGGCAUUGCCUUACUCUCACCAUGUUUAACUGGCCAGCUGACAUAGUGCCUUUGUAAACCCAUCUUCGCUGGAACAGAUGGACCACAUGCUUUGCCAGGGAGGUGGGUUACAGGAAGUUCCACCCCUUCUCCCUUUAAUCAUGUGCUCAGUACAGGGGAAAGCAAUAAAAAGCCUAGGCUUGACCAGCAAGAGUGAGUUGCCAUGGCUAAAUGCAGUAGUGGCUAGAUCUCUUUGGCCUGGCUUCUGCUGCCUCAUGCAAAGAGAGGGCUAGCAGCACCAAGGAGAGAGUCAAGGAAACAUACCACCGACACAGCAAUACUGAAGAAGGCUGGAUGGAUUUCCCUCAACAGCACUUGGACUUCUCUACCACCUUGCAUGAAGCUCUCAGCCAUGUGUUGGCGUGAACGGGCCCAUCCUCAUCUCAGGUGAUGCUCAGUUGGGGCCCAAGGCAUCAAGCAGGCAAAUGGCUGGUAUCUCUCCUGGGAGCCCUGAGGGAUUUUGGGUUUACUUGAGAGCCCUAAGAUGAUUCCAUUUUGGGGUGGAUUGCCCUAGCAGAGCUCUGUCCAACAAACCGACGCUCCUUGCCUCCCUCUCGCUCCUUGUAUGGAGGGUGGGGUAGGCUAUCCCUUGGCUUGAGCUUAAGCUGUUAAGCCAAAAACAGUCAUCUAUGGUCUGGAAAUGACCCUCAGACCCACUUGAUUUAGAGCCAUCUUCUGUCCCUUGCUUUAGAAUAUCCAUUGAGUAUUCCUGUCCCUUGAGCAUUUUUGUCCUUCCUUGCUUUGCUCCUUUCAGUAGUCCCUCUGCCUCCCUUUUUUGCUAACUCCUACCUUCAAUAUGUACUUCACCCCAUUAUUCUGAAACCCACUUCUCUCGCUCGGCAGAAAAACCUUGAGAUCCAUGAAACUGCAGCUUCCCUGACUGCAUCCCACCCCUGCCUCUUUGAACAAGUUUCUUCCUUGGUUAAGAAACGCAGUAUAUAUAUGAGUACAGUACAGUAUAUAUAUAUAUAUAUAGUACUAAUGGAAUUUGGUGUGCUUUUUCUCCUCAUCCCCCGUGCCCCUUGCCUCUCCCAAUGUUCCCUUUGUGUCUUUGAGUCUGUUCUUCCAAUUCCCCCUGCCACCCCCACCCCCCUGCACUUGAAAAUAAAGGGUAGUUCUUUGUCUGUU